AUGAAAGUUAAAUUUGUUGUCUUUAUUGGAAUUUUGGGAAUAAUUCUCCUUUGUCCCAAUUCAGAAGCAAUAUCUAAAUAUAUAUCUCAAGAAUUAUAUGCUGAAUAUUUACCUAAAAUAGCUUGUUAUUUCAAACAACAACAUUGUAGUCCCGAAGAUGCUUAUUUCAAAUCCCAAUUUCCAGAUAUUGUUGGCAACGAAUGUUCAAAAUGUGAUGCAAAAACUAAAAUAAAAGCACGAGAAGAAAUGCCAAUCAUACAAAAAUAUUAUCCUGCUAAAUUUAGAAUCUUACUAGAUAAGUACGUUAUUCCAAAAGUUUUCGAUUGUCUUCUCUAUGAUGGGCCUUGUGACAAAAAAAUGACCCUUUUCAAAGAAAAACUGCCAUUUAUGUUGAAGAAAAAAAAAUGCCCUGAUUGUAGUGAUGCAGUAAGAUUCAAGAUUCGUAAACGAAUUAAUUAUCUGAAGAGGCGUCAUGCCGAAAAAUGGCGGGAAAUUGAGAAGAAAUACCUUCAUUAA